AGUUCGGGAUUUGGGUUUUAGGCAAAAUCAAAGACCCGCCAAUUUAUUUAAUUGAACUCCUUUGAUUGAAAUUUUCAUACCCCAGUCUAUGCGGCAGUCAUAUCAUCUGCUCCCAAAUCCUUAUACACUCCAACCCUAACUCAAAAACAUUUAACGAAGGCAUCCCCCAACCCAUAGAAGCUCUGACAUCUCGGGCUCCAAGGAGAAAUCUAUAACCUGCGUCGGAUCCUUGUUGUCUCGAGAAGCUGCCGGUCGCUCAGGUCUCUCCGCCCGUGUGGUCGUCUUCCGGUGCCCAACCUCUCUACUCCGGCACCCUAUACCUUCUAAAAUGGCUAGAAAAGGUCGUUUCACAAGAAAACCGAAAGUAGGACCAGGAUGUCAGCAACCACAAACGGCUCCGCCUCCGGUCCCGCCUCCGGCCUCGGCUUCCCACCGCGAUGACUCUGAAAUUCUCCCGGACAGUGGUGAUAGUGUCCCUCCAACUUCACGCCCGUUCCUUCCGCUGCGCAGUGUACCAAGGCCGGCUCCACAAACGAGCACAACUAACAUUCAGAACUCGGAGCCAAGCCAUGUAAACUCGGCAGAUAAUGCUAAUGAUGUAGAUUCUGUUGAUCAAGCAGCUGAUAAGUCCGUUGUUGAUUCUAGAGCUCAGAAUCGCAAAGGACGCAAGACUACAGAGUUUUGGGAAGUCAGGAUAAUCGAUUCCGAUGGCACAAUCAAGCCGGCAAGACUAAGCGUGAGGGAGGCCAUGGAACGGUCUAAUGGUAGAAAGAUCGUCCUCAGGUUCAACAGAGCAAAGCAAGCCAUUGGAAAUGAAGCUGGACUGUUGAGUGGCGUGCUUGGUCUGCUAGGAUUUGACUUUGGAAAGUUUCCUAUCUAUGAGGAAAGCUGGCGUAAGAUUACCACAAAGGACAAAGUUUAUAGCGAAUGUGUGAAGCAAAUUUUCCACAUUGAUGAAGAUAGCAAAGGAGUUAUCAAAAAAAAUAUCUUGAAAAGUAUGGGGAAGUCCUGGAAGGAGACAGGGCUGAGGUUGUAUAAUGCUUAUUUCGAGCCAACGUUCACGACUGAACAAAAUAUUGAGAACCGUCCGCCGGGAAUCGAUCGAGAGCAUUGGAGAUGGUUCCUUGAGUAUCGCGCCAAACCUGAAACGAAGGAGAAGUGCAAGAAAAAUGCGAAGAAUUGAUCAAAACAACAAUAUACCCACACUGGCGGUUCAAAAAGCUUUGCACGACGGAUCGAAGAAGAGUCGGAACAACAAGGGAGAAUAGUCGGAAGAGGGGAGUUAUGGAUAGCAGUGCACAAAAAAAAGGACGGCUCCUACAUGAAUGAUGAAGCAAGAGCAAUCGGUGAAAGAAUUGAGGAGAUUGAGCAACAGGAUGAGUCAUCUAGGGUGUUGUCUCAGAAUGAUUCCAUUGCUCAGGUUUUCAGAAAAGAGAAACCGGGUAGAGUACAUGCUGUGGCUUUUGGACCGACUCCUAGUCAGCUCUUCGGGCCAAAUUUACAUGGGCAUGGCAACGGAGUCCAACUAGAGGAGACUCAGAGGAAGCUGCUUGAACUGGAGGCACAGCUGGAAGGCGAGAAGCUGAAGAGGAAGGCGAUGGAGGAUGAGGCAGCAGCAGAUAAGAAAAAGAUGAAGGCGAUGGAGAGUGCUCUGAUUUAUCUGUUUCAACAGCAGGGUGAGGAGCUGCCACCAGACAUCGCUGCAGGGAUGAGUUUCGUGGAAUGAUAGAGUGAAAAAUAGAAUAUUAGGAUUAGAGAUAUUUUGCAUUGAAGUAAAUAUUUUAUUGAAUUAGA